CCACCCAAUGUGAAGCUUCUCCUGUUGUUUUGUCACGGUAUAAAGAGAGCGACUUCCGCUUGCGGUAGAACCGAUGCUCCCCAAAUCUUCUGCGAUACGUUUCUUCCCUACUUUCUCUUUUUUCCACUCAACAAAGAGAGACAAAAAGGAAAGGGGGGCGCAAAAAAAAAGAAGUUUAGGGUUAGGGUUUUGAAGUGAUCCGAAGAGAAAUUGAAGCUUGAAGAGCAGAGGAGUCGAGCUGAGGUAACUGGAAUCACUGAAUUGAUGAGGAGAAGUGUGAUUUUGUGUAAAGGUUGAGCUUUUGAAUGUUUUAUGAGCUUUGGGAAUUCAAGUAUGAGUUGUUGUGAUAAGAGCAGAGAGGGUGAGGAGUUUAAGAGGCCGGGAUCGAGCAAGGUAGCGGAUGAUUCGAUACAGCUGGGGAGACACUCGAUUAGGAAUGGGAAGAAUGAGAGCUCGCACAGCUCAUCGAGUGGGAGCAGAAAUGGGAAGAGUGAGAGCGCUCACAGCUCACCGAGCGGGACAAGAAAUGAGAGGAAUGGGGUAUCUGAAACUUCACUGAAUGGGAUCGAUGAGAGGGUGAUGAUUGACCCGAAAAAGUUAUUUAUUGGAGUGAAAAUUGGGGAGGGAGCUCAUGGGAAAGUCUAUGAGGGGAAGUAUGGCGAUCAAAUAGUAGCUAUCAAAGUUCUUAAUAGUGGUGAUACACCGGAAGAAAAGUCAACCCUUAGAAGUCGGUUCAUUCGAGAAGUUAAUAUGAUGUGUCGAGUGAAGCAUGAAAAUCUUGUGAAGUUCAUUGGUGCUUGCAUGGACCCUAUCAUGGUGAUUGCCGCGGAGCUGCUACCUGGAAUGUCGCUGAAAAAUUACUUGAAUAGUAUUCGCCCGAAACAACUUGAUGUUCGAACAGCAAUUAGCUUUGCACUUGAUAUUGCACGUGCAAUGGAUUGCCUACAUGCUAAUGGGAUAAUACACCGAGAUUUAAAACCUGAUAACUUAUUGCUUACAGCAAACCAGAAGAACAUUAAACUUAUUGAUUUUGGACUUGCAAGAGAAGAAACCGUAACUGAGAUGAUGACUGCUGAAACUGGGACUUACCGUUGGAUGGCUCCAGAGUUAUACAGCACUGUAACACUUCGUCGUGGUGAGAAGAAGCAUUACACAAAUAAGGUUGAUGUGUACAGCUUUGGCAUUGUCAUGUGGGAGCUACUGACGAACCGCAUGCCAUUUGAAGGCAUGUCAAACUUGCAGGCUGCGUAUGCUGCUGCUUUUAAGCAAGUGCGGCCUCCAUUUCCAGAAGAUGUGCCUCCAGAGCUCGUGUUUAUAGUGCAGUCGUGCUGGGUUGAGGACCCAAAUUCCCGCCCAAGCUUCAGCCAGAUAAUACGCAUGCUAAAUGCGUUUCUUUUCACUCUUCCUCCACUGUCUCCUCCUGAACCUGAGGCUGUUCAACCUGGUGUAAUUAGUAAUGGAAACAGCAUAAUCACACCUACUUCCACUUCAUCUCCUCGCAAAGGACACAAGCUUUCUUUCCUAAAGCAGCUGUUUGCAGCAAAGAAGGCAGCGAAUAAUAAGACCUGAGAGAAAUGCAGGUUUUGAAAAAAACCCUUCGCAAGUGAAACAUGCGAUAUAUGUUUAUACUUGAAAUCUUGCUUGUUAGAGAACAUUUACAAAAUCGCGAUAAAGAAAGCUUCAAAAAAUGAAGAAUACCUGUUGCCCGGUCUUGUUUUGUUUUCUGAUUCAUAUUCAGUUUAGAAUGUGCAGGGGUGGCUUAGAUUUCAUGGUAGCCUCGCAAACAUAUUCAAUCUAUUUCAUCACCCAGAUGCCAAAAAAGACUUGCAAAUACUACUAUAAGAUCAGGCUACCAAGAAAUCCCUUGAAAUUGGUAACAAGGUUUCUGGUCUACUGUAGCCCAAAAUUUUAUUUUUGAAGUACAUUAACAUCAUGUGUAGAUUUUAUUCAGUUGUUUUUUUAAAACCAUGAGAUGGAGAAUUUGUCCCUGGUCUGUAA